AUGUACAACCUCUUGACCAUCACCACAACCUGGGGCUCGCCUCUUCUUGGCGGCCUGGCAUCUAGCAAUGCAAACAAUUUCACAAGCCAGUUCCGCAUCAUCAACUGCCUCUACUUUCUGGCUCUCCCACUUCUUGCCUUAGGAGCCCCCGAAACAGUAUUUGACCGCUCAAGGGCAACUAUAACUCCUCUCCCCAUACUCGGUCUAGAUAGAUGGCGACCCUGGCGGUUUCGACAUCGGCUGAACAAGGAGACUGCCGUGGAGUACAUCAGAAAGAUGAAGCCGCUCUCAUUCAAAGCUCCACUAACAAUUUCGACUGUUCUUCAGGUCCCUCGCGCCAUCGUCGCUCCAACUACCUGCCUCCUAUUCGUCUUGACAUUCAUCCCCUACGGUGCACUUUGGGGCUUGACGUCUUCGGUUUCUAUCCUGACAACACCUGCACCUAUCUCACUAGACGUUUCCCUCACAGGAACUAUGAUGACCGGUCCAUGGGUCAUUGCGUCACUCGUCGUAGGGGGCUUCUGUUUCUAUCGCGGAUUGUAUGAACGCUUCACAAAGAGUGUCAGCUGCCUCAUUAUCAGCACAGGUGGCAUCCUGUCCCUGACAGGCUUGCUCUCCUAUGGCCUUGGCAUCCACAAUUUCGUGACACCCAAUCCCGGGCCUCCCGCUCCGUUCUUCACUUCAAACACUGCCGGUCAGAUCAGCCUGCCCCUGCUGUCACUGCAACUAGGCAUCCUUGCCGGCGGCACUUACACCCUCGACACAAUCACUAGACCCUUGCUCGCACGGUCCGCAUCCUUCACGUCAUCAAGCAUCGCCAUAGCUCAACGCAGCAUUGGUGACAUGCAUUCCGGCGUACUCAUACUGCGAAACCUUGCUGCGGGUAUUUUUGUCCUCGCCAUGCCCAACGCAUUCACCGUCUAUGGUGCCCUCAAAUCGGCCGUCAUUGGCCUAGGUACCACACAAGUGAUAGUCACAGCAUUGACCAUGACGUUAUGGUGGUGCUUGGACGAAUCCAUCUGGAGGGCGGAUGGAAGGGUAAUGGGACUCGUUGACCUAAAGCUUCUGAAGCAAUCGUUAAGCUUCUUCGAGACCGAUUAA